AUGGUGCAUGAGCGAGAGCGAGCAACCGACAGCGAGCGCGCGGCAGCAAAUGAGAUCUCGCGAAGCCCGGCCGCGGACAAGAAGGGGAAGACGAAGGUUUCCGGCGGGGCUGGGCCUCAGCCGCCGCGGGGAGGGCGCGACAAGGUCGCGAACGGCGCCCCGACGACAAGGAAGGUAAAUCCCCAGAACAUAACUCCAGCGAAGCUCACCAUCGGCGCCGGAUCUUCUGCCGCCGGCAUAGAUGGGCCCCGUCGGCGUCUAAGCCGCGCGGAGAGGAACAGUCGGGAAGAAAAACGGCCCCGCAUCGUCAGGCGCGAGGAAGAGCAUCAGCAGGCUGUGGCGGUGAAGAAGGCUGCCGAGGAGAAGUUAUUGGGGGUGAAAGAAGAGAUCAUUUCGGAGAACGGGGAGGAUCAGCAGCUAGCUGCUGUGGAGGUCCAGAAGAAGAAGAAGGCCAAGGAGAUGAAGCAGCCGGCCAGCAGUAGCAUGGACAAAGUUCGGAAGAAGAAAUCAGCCAUGCGCGUGGAAUCCAUACAGAAGAAGCCUGCCCGUCCUGUUGAGACCCCUGAGACGGAAGAGGUGGAGCCUGAGGAGGAAGCUGGCGUUGAAGGCGCUGAGGGCUAUGUCGCAGCAGGCGAGCAGGAGAAGGAAGACGAGGAGGGCGGCAACAAGGAAGGAGAGGAGGUCGUGAGCACAAGGAAGUUUGAGGGCAUCCUUGUGCUGACCAAUCCGGACAAUACCAAGGACGACAAGAAAGUUGCAAAGCGGACUCGGGCAAGCUUCAAGUCGCCGCUGUCAUCGCGCCACCAAUCGGACUACUGCAAGAACCAUGGGGCGAUCAACCGGCCGAUAGACAUCGAUCAGCUAUCUUACAGCGAGGGUGGCCAUUAG